UUCUUCGGAAGUGUUUUCUCAGGCGCAGUUGCAGACUUCUUGUGUGCUUACAUUGCGUUGGAUCGUUCACGUUUCCUAACUGGUAUCAUGUGCACGGUUGGUAUGUUCGCCUCUCUUGGGACAUUGUUCACAUCGGAAUGGAUAUUAACGAGUUCAUUUCUGUUCGGAGCGUGUGUUUAUGCGUGCAUCAACAUAUGGGGAAUAAUAUCGACGGAUAUGGUCGAUCAAGCGUUCACGGGUCGAUGCAGUGCUUUUGUUAAUUUUAUUUCGAAUUCGUUUGCGGUUUUUGCUGGCUCUCCCCUGGCGUGGCUGAUUUCAACUUAUGGCUACUCGGUACUCUCAACACUAUCCGUUUCGUUCAUAACUCUAUCGCUCAGUGUAUACGCGUUUCGAUGGAACGUUCCACUUCAUAUCAAAGGCGAAACAACGCGUUAA